AUGUCGAUCCCACUACCUUCAACCUUAUCCUUCUACCCAGCUAACGCUCCGACGACAAGUCUCUGGCCUGCCGGAAAGGGCGCCGCAGAGAAACAGCAAGAUACGGGCGUUAGCUGCCAAUUCAUAACCUUCUAUCACACAUGCGGGUGCAGAUCUAGCAAAGAAUCUGUUUACCUUUGUAGCACUGGUACAUGCCAGCACAAGAAAUCAACUGUGCUAUUAGGGGAGCUGCCAUUCGCUUGUGGAUCGUACCCGGGACGGUCAGCGGCGUGCGGUGUUGAAGACCUAGCUAAAAGAGAGUUCGUCAGAGAAGUAGACACAGCGGACAGACUUGAAAAGCUACUGGUUCUCCCGGACUGUACCAAGGCUGAUAUUGAUAUUCUAAUACCGCCGUUUCAUAAUCAAAAUUGGCAUGAACAUAUCUACAGGCACUACCAGCAAAGGCGAAAUCAGAGCAGCGUCAUAUCUCCUCCACAACUUUCUCCAAGCAAUGACCGGGAUGUCGAGGGAAAUGACGUUAAUAUUGAAGAGGUUGUGCGAAGACUCUUGUAUAAAUAUAAGAUACAAGAGGGGGGUUAUAAAGAAAGCAUGGUGGAAAGAUUCGUAGAGGAGCAGCAGCAACAACUCAGUUACCAACAAUUAGAAAAUUCGGAAAUUGGUCAAGAAGAUAAUAUGGAGUUAAACACCCCUCCAGUAGGUGAUCAUUGGGGUACGAUCAAGUACGCCGAGAGCCUUGGGAACGACGAUCUGGAUGAUGCGGUAUGUUAUGAUAAUGAGACCGCCACCAACACCGUCAUGUUCAACUUCGAAGAUGAUACGGGGGGGUCUAUAUAUGGUCUCGAGAUAAGCUAUACCAGCCCGUCAGCCGCAGUAGAAAGCGCAAUUGACCUGUAUUUCGACGACUAUCCCCUGGGCAAUUCUUACCAGGACGUCGUCACCCCUAACUCGGAGACCCCUGAUGUACCUAGGUAUUUCGACGACAGAUACGGCGGCGCGGAUGAUAUUACGGAUGACUUCAUUGAUUUUCUUGCCGAGAAGGAGGAGAAGGAGAAGGAGAAGGAGAAGGAGAAGGAGAAGGAGAAGGAGAAGGAGAAAGAGGAAGAGGAAAAGCCUCAGGGGAGAAGCCCGGUGAUAAGAAAAUUUUGGUCAUACUUUAGAGGGUCUUCUUGA